AUGAGACUUUGGACGCCUCAUGGGAAGCUGCUGCAGGCGGCUUGGCUGUGGUGUGUGUUGGCGUCUCAGGUGCACAGCUGUCCUGGUGCCUGCAGCAAGUGCUCAGGCCCAGAGAAUGACCAGUGUGAGGGAUGCAGAGCAGGAUGGACGCUGCAUAAUAACACCUGUGUAGACAUUGAUGAGUGUGGCACGGAGCUCGACAACUGUCCUCUCAACAGCUACUGCUUCAAUACAGAGGGCUCGUUGGACUGCAGAGACUGUGACCCAGCCUGUUUGGGCUGUAUGGGCAGUGGACCAGCCCGCUGCAGAAAGUGUGCUUCCGGCUACAGGCUGACAGGGUCCAAGUGUUUGGACAUAGAUGAAUGUAGCGACAGGGUGCUCGCCUGCCACGGCCUGGAUGAGAUCUGUAUCAACACCGUCGGCUCAUUCCGCUGUGACUGUGCCAAAGGAUUCCACCACAAGGGAGGCGUCUGUGUGAGGAAGCAGCUGCCUAGCGUUCAGCAGAAAGGCCUGUUUGAGGACAUCCAGGAUGAUGAGGUGGAGGUGCUGCAGCAGAUGUUCUUCGGGGUGGUGCUCUGUGCACUGGCCACACUGGCGGCUAAGGGAGACAUGGUCUACACAUCUGUAUUCAUAGGGGCAAUGGCAGCCAUGGCGGGGUACUGGCUGUCAAACAGGGGGGACCGCAUGUUACACAGUUUUAUGAAGGGACAUUAAAACUCAAAAAUAGCAUUGCGUUCACCUGCCGGACAUUGGACAAUAUAAGUUACUGAGCAGCCGAAUUUAGAUACAGACACUAAAAAUCAUUCACUUCAGAAUCCGUUUUUAUCUUGUUUAUUUAAUUGUGUCCCACUUUGAAGAGAAAAAAAAAGACAUUUGGAGACUGUUCAUUCCUGUGCAUUAGGAGAAGCCACAAAGUAAUUUUGCCCGUUGAAGCUUUGAUGCAGUUUUACAGCUUUAUUCAAGAAUUGUUAAGUGUGUUCAUAAAGCAUAGCACUCAAUAUUUGUCUCUUAUAUAUUAAUCAUGUUGUAUUUAUACUUCAGAUGAAAUACCAUGUACAUUUUUUUAAAAUAUUUUUUAACCCCUUUCCUCCACACCUUAUUUUGUAGUUGGCUGCUGUUCAUGUUGUUAAUGCAUCAUUCUGCAUCUGUCAUCAUUGGAGGAUGAUCCAGACUGAUAAUUGUUUUAUUCAGUUCAAGAGCAGAAGUGUAGUAAGAACUCAAAUGUUUUUCUUAAGUUGACCAAAAUGUACUCAAGUAAAAGUAUAAGUAGCGCAUUCUCCUUUCUUCUUGAGUAAAAGUAUUUAAAGUGUUAAAAGUAAAAGUACUUGUUCCUUAAUACUACGGUCCACUUAAUCAUAACGGCUCUGGCUCAGCAGUGACCUCUUUUGAAUCCAUCACGGGUGUUUCUUCACCAGUGAUGCUGCCUCUUUCUUUUAAAUAAUAAAACGUAUUUCAGAGUUAUUUCAGAGUACAGAUAUUUGCUGAUAUUUGGAGAAGUAAAAGUAAAAAAAGGACCUGAAUCUACUUAAGUUAGAACAGAUAUAUAAAACAUUUACAGGAGUAAAGGAACUUUGUUAUGCCACCACGUACAGUGUUAGUAAUUCACACAAAGUGACAGAAUGAAUAAUUGUUAUUCAAAUAUGUUUCAAAGUUAUCAAAAUUUGUAUUAUCAAGAGUUGAUCGAUUUUAAGUUUGACGAGAAAAUCACAAAUGGAGACAGAAAGAAAGUCACUUUUAUUUGAUGGAUAUAAACAAGCUGGCCAACACUCAAUAGUAAUAUUCUGAUACAGCACAUACAAUAGCAAACUGGGGCACUGAGGACAGCCUCCUAGGUUUAAAAAACUGAAAACAAUACAGAGUCUCCAUGCUUCAUUCAAAACUUUGACUCAGUCUCACUUUUUUUUUUCUCUGGGGUCUUCCUCUGAUAAAGUUAUUUUUUAAAUAGAUUUCUCUCUUGUGCAUUCACCACACGCACAGACACACACCCGGAAAACAAAUGCAGUUGUGCUCACACACACACACACGCACACAUGUAUCUCUUUUCUGAAUACAUUUACACCCCAAAAAACAUGCUGCACUCUCACAAAACUGCACAGGCUGUCUACUAAGGGGACACAGUAAGUGAGACACACACAUCACUCUCAAACACAACAUCACACCGUCACGAUGCAGAUGCAAUUAAUGUAUGAGGAAUGAUGCAUCAUGGGAGAUUAGCUCACGUUCACACAAGUAAUCAUUCAACAUGCUGGACACUCA